AUGAAAUAUUUCAAUAAUUUUACUUUGAAGUCAAUUUUGCUUCUUAUUCAUGUCUUAAUCUUGGGAAUUGCCAUUAAUGAAGUUAAUUCGUUGACUCCUAUUGGACGUGCAGCCCACGCAACCGCUUUCGAUGGAACCAAAAUUUAUAUGCUCGGUGGAGCCAUAUCCAAUGGGCCCGAUGAUCUUAAUGAAGUAAUUUAUCUUGACGUAUCUAAAUCGUUUAAUUCAAAAAAUCCACCAUGGAACCUAUCAACACCAAUGCCAAUUGGAGCUGCAUUCAGUUCGGCUUCAUUUAUUUACAAUGGUAAUCGAACCAUUUAUCUAUUUGGUGGAAAUAUGUUCAAUCCAGUUACGCAUAACGAAUCGUACCAAUCAUUUAUAUACGCGUUUAAUCUUCAAACACUUAAAUGGGAUAUACCUAUUACAAAAGGCAAAAUACCAUCAAGACUUACCCAGUUUGGAGCAGUUAAAGAUAAUUUUGGAAAAAUUUACAUUUUUGGAGGAGGGAACAAUCUUUAUGGGACUUUGUCUGAGGAGAUGAAUAUUUUUGAUACGAAUACCUUAACCUGGUCAAAUGGGAGCAAAUUAUAUUGGCCUGGAGCUCGACAUUCUUAUGCAGCAACAUUAUUACCAGAUGGUGUUAUCGUGUAUACAGGAGGUCUUUAUGCAGGUAAUAAGGCUAUGAACAUUAGUGAUGUUGUUCUUUAUAAUACAAAGUUGAAUUCUUGGGAAGUGAUGACCGCAAAAAAUGUAAACGCAAUUGGAUCCCGUUUUGGUCAUACUGCCGUGUUAGCUCCCAACGGACAAAUUAUUGUUUGUGGUGGAACCAAUUCAAUAGAUACAAAGGUUCAAGUCACACCAAACUUGGUAGUUUUAGAUACUCGAAAGAAACCAUUUGAAUGGAUUGUACCCCCAGUAUCAUCAAAUGUUGGUGAG